AUGUCAAAUCAAUAUGUGAUCGUGCCUCAAAAUUAUCGAAGCGAUAGCAUGGUCAGCAUCUCACCAGCUGACAAAAGAUACUUUGAACAGGCCUAAGCUAAGCAAAAGUCACCUCCACAGCAAAUGAUAUUUGGAGGGUACUCACCAUCGCCAAGUCUUCAAAAAAGUUUGAGCACACAGUUAUCCGAACAAAGCAUGGAUGAUUUUGGUAGAAUGCAAAAGGAUUCAGAUACCGAGCUAGUUGUCCAGUAUAUACUAUAAUUAAGAGAUACGGACAAAAGAGAAUAAGCAUUAUCAGAAUUAUCAAAAAAGAGAGAAAGUUUUCCACAUUUGGCACCCCUCUUAUGGCAUUCUGUUGGUACCAUUGCUAUAUUUCUUCAAGAAAUUGCAGUUGUUUAUCAGCACUUGCAACCAGCCUAACUUACACCAACUCAGUCAUCUAGGAUCUGUAGCGUAUUGGGACUCCUAUAAUGCUUAGCUUUACAUGUACAAACCAGAUCCUGUUUCUUAAGAGCUCAUAUUCCAUUGUUUUUGUAUCCAUUUCUAAAUACUAGCAACAAGAGCAAAGCUUUUGAAAACCUAAGAGUUACUAGUUUGGGUGUCAUAGGUGCUUUGGUGAAGGGAGAUGAUCCAGAGGCAAUUAAUUUUUUAAUGCAAACUGAAAUCAUUCCACUUUGUCUGAGAAUCAUGAAAAAAGGACAAGAGCUUUCAAGAACAGUUGCUACUUUCAUAGUUUAGAAGAUCCUUCUCGACGACAAUGGUCUUAAUUAUAUCUGUUAGACUCCUGAAAGAUUUUUUGCAGUUAGCCAAGUCUUACAAACUAUGAUUGAUGAUCUGCAUCAAUCCUAAAAAGAUGAUUAGAGAUUAUUGAGACAUAUAAUUAGAUGUUAUUUAAGACUUUCUGAAAACCAAAAAGCUGGAGAAGUCCUUAAAAAAUACUUGCCACAAGUAUUAAAAGACCCAACACAAUCUUUUAUUAAAGAUGAAGUUGUAAAAAAGUGGCAUAAUAAUUUGCUUCAAAAUCUUUCGAUCAAAUGAUCAUAAAUAUAUGCAUCUAAAUAAAUUAAAAUCUUUGCUUAUUAUUGCAUA